CCUGACUCUACCGUACCGCAGUGAUGCAUCAGGCUUUACUUGUUCCCGAAGUCCUCCUGGAGAUAUUCGCCUAUGUGAAUAUAAUACCAUCUACUCAAACAACAUCGACCCAGAAAUUGCUUGCAGCGCUUGCAAGGACAUGCAAAAUCUUCCACGAGCCUGCGAUGAAUUUGCUGUGGACUGAAAUCCAUGGGCUAGAACCACUGCUAGGCUGUGUAGCGAGGCUACAUCCACUGAUAUAUGAGGAUGGUACAAGGUGGGAUGACUCGGACAAGCCCUGGGCGAAAGGUGUUGAGCCAUUAUCUGCCCAUGAGUCCCAUCAAUUUCUGCGUCACUCCUCCCGUAUACGCACGUUGAACAUAAAAUCUGAACAUCCGCACCUUCUCUCUGUCAUCCCUGCCGGGGCAUGCGUAUUUCCGAAGCUGAAGUCAUUAAGCAUUUCCAGCACAUAUUUGAACCUCUUUCUGCCUUGUAUGCUGCACCGAUGUCAUCUAUUGAGCGUCGACGAGGGUCUGCAGUCUUUUGUGACACGCUGCAUUGCUAUGGAGCAUUUAUGCAUCUACUCUCCUCUAAGCGAUGAUGACGGCAUGGCAGCAGGUGAACUGUCCUUGCUAUCCGAUAGGAUUCAUUGGUGCACGCGGCUUGUAACUCUUUCUUGUCCAAUGCUCGACUGGUCAGCAUGGAAGCACCUCUCCUGCCUCCCUACCCUUCUCAAAUUGGAAAUUGAAGAAGGAUGUAUUGACCCUCCUUCGCUGCCAAAACAAGAUAUCGUGAAUUUAUCAUUCCUUAACAUCACAAGCCUUUCCUUUCGACAGCUGUACGAUGCUGCAGACAUCAUUACAGUCAUGCAACAUUCACAAUUUCCCUCGCUGAAAGAGUUCGAGUUUCGAGCCGAAUUUCUGUCUUCAGAAGAGGCCGAGCAACUUUUUCAUGCUCUGUCCCACUGCAAUGCAUGUCGGACUCUAGAAGAAAUCUCCAUUUUUUCCUAUGAUAACGACUUCAUGGGACCCGAAUACGACGAGUUUUUGACACCAAUUCCGCAUCUCCUUUGCUUUACACAGCUCCGAACCCUGACGCUCAUAUUUAAGAAAUUCUCCAUCUACCCGGACAAUGACAUGUUCUUGCAGGCUAUGUCUAACUGGCCUCACAUACGCACUCUGAGGCUCGAAUUCGAAAAAUCUUUUUCCGAAGUCACCCUCCGUGGGUUACUCACAGCACUUGGUCUAUGUCCACAAUUGCAUACACUACAAGUUGCAGUCAAUCUUGCAACUAUCGACGUCGAUCCUGAUGCCGAGCCAAUCCAGCAUACCUCCCUACGAUCAUUGAAUUUGGAGAAAUCCAAGUUUCAAAUAGCAGAUGCUGAAACUCUCGCUCGCAUCAUUUCCGCCUGGCUCCCUUGUGUCGACCAAGUUCAUACUAACAGAUGUAGUCCAAGUUGGAGUGCAGUCAACAGGUAUCUUGGAUCUUUGAGAGAGGAUACCGCCCGCGCCUCUGUAUGUCGUGGGAGCCUCCUAGAAUAUUUGAGUUUAGAAUAUUUUCACAUCCGGGAAUGUUGUUUCAUACCCUCAAGUUCUUUCGUUCGUUCAUUAUCGUUGUCGUCGCUGUUGGCUGUAGUUAUAAACUGCUGUACUAGUACUUCUGUAUAUUCGCCAACAACCCUCUGUCAUUAGUACGAUUUCCAACAUGAUUUAUGUGUGCCAUCUG